AUAUUGAUCUUGCAGUUUGGGUGAUCCAAUUCCGACCAAAGCCCGGAUUUAGAAUGCCGCGCGCCACUCCCCGUGCUCUUCCUUUGCGCGCUCGCUUGUUCUUGUUCUGCCUUGUCUGCUGUCCUUUCAUUCCCUCUGUUGCUCCUCUGUCCUUCAAUAUAGACAGCUUCGACACGGAUUUGAGCGACAUAUUGUACGAGGGAGUUGCGGAACUCGCCAUCCAGGGAGUUGAUCUCACCAAACUCUAUCCUCGGCAACCCUACAAGGUGGGCCGGAUUCAGUAUGCCAAGCCCGUCCCCAUAUGGGAUCCUGUCACGGGGCGCCAAGCCGACUUCUCAACCUAUUUCUCGUUCACCAUCGAGACUGACGGUUCUGCUCACUACAGCGAUGGCCUGGCCUUUUUCCUCGCUCCUGUGGGGUUCCCAAUCCCGCCCAACUCGGAGGGCGGAUUCCUGGGAUUGUUCAACGCUAGCACGGCGAAAGAGAGGCAUCAGAACCGGAUAGUCAUGGUCGAGUUCGACACUUAUGUGAACCGAGAUUUCGAUCCCCCCAUGCAUCACAUAGGAAUAAAUAUAAACUCGCUCUCAUCGGUCGUUCAUGACAGCUGGAAUCCCGCAAAUCACAGCGGGAAAGCGACUGAUGUUCUCGUGACCUACAAUUCUACGAGCAAGAACCUCAGUGUGUUCUGGUCGUUCGACGACAAAAAAACCUAUACCCUGCUUUCUUACCUAAUCGAUCUCGCGAGUGUCCUUCCCAAAUCAGCAGCAAUCGGAUUUUCAGCUUCUUUUGGCUUCCAUGUAGAGAGACACAGCAUCAAUUCAUGGAAGUUCACUUCGAAUUUGGAGGUGAACUCGAAACCUCGCUGGCUAAGGAUACCGGUCGUGGUUCCUGUGGCAUGUUUUUUACUGGUGAUCUUUGCAGGGUCUUGCUUUUUUUCGGUCAAGAGGGGCGAAAAAUAUGGUUUCCGUGCCCUCACCGACAUCGCCCUCACCGACAUCGAUAAAGAGAUUGGCGCAUUGCCUGCGAAGUUCACUUAUCAGGAGUUGCUCGUGGCGACCAACGGCUUCGCAGACGAUAGAAAGCUCGGCCAAGGUGGGUCUGGCCAAGUCUAUAAAGGGUUCUUGAGACAUUCAGACCGCCUGGUCGCCGUCAAAAGGAUCUUUGCGGAGUCCCGACACUCCGAGAAGGUCUUUGUCAACGAGGUGAAGAUCAUGAGCCGAACGAUACACAGAAACCUGGUGCCGUUUGUUGGGUGGUGUCGAGAGGAAGGUGAGUUCUUGCUUGUCUACGAUUACAUGCCCAACGGCAGCCUCGAUCACCACCUCUUCGGGGCCCGGAGAAGACUGCCGUGGGACGUGCGGUACAGCGUGGCGCUCGGCCUCGCGUCCGCCCUCAACUACCUCCACGAGGAGCUCGAGCAAUGUGUGCUCCACCGCGACAUAAAGGCAGCCAACGUGCUGCUCGACACCAACUUUACCACCAAGCUUGGCGACUUCGGAGUGGCCAAGCUCGUUGACCCCCGGUUCAGGACUCAGACGACAGACAUGGUCGGGACUUGCGGGUAUCUAGCGCCAGAGUACUUCAUCGGAGGGAAGGCCACGAAGGAGUCCGACAUGUUCAGCUUCGGUGUUGUGGCCCUGGAGAUCGCGUGUGGCCGGAGGAGCUACGAGGACGGAGAGAUCCAGGUCCCGCUGCACAAAUGGGUCUGGCAACUCUACCUCGCCGGCAACAUCCUAGGCGCGGCCGAUGAAGCGAUGUGCUCGGGGUUCCAGAGGGAGGAAGUGGAGUGCCUGAUGAUGGUGGGGCUGUGGUGUGUGCACCCAGACCCUGCGAGACGGCCGAGGACAGGGCAAGUGAUCAGGUUCCUCCGGCUCGAGGACUCGGUCCCGGAGCUCCCACACAGCGCUUUCGACGGCCCAGUUUCGUAUCGGCCAUCGGCUUCGCAAUUAGGAAUGAUGGAAUCUCCAUCUGCUCCUAUUCCGGAAUCUGUCUAUUAAGUAAGACAAAUCUGCCUCCUAAAGUCAUGCAGCAACACAUGUUGACUUAAUCUGCACAUACCACUUCAUAUACUUUGCUUCGGUUACAAUCUCUUUUGCCUUGCCCAAAUCGGAGGCUGGAGCUCGACUACAUCACGGGGACUUAGUAGCACUCAAUACACAUUGCUUAUAUUCAAAUGAACAAGGCACUGCGAAAAGAAAAUUUCAGUUAACUCCGAUGUCUUGUCUUGGUUGUAGUGAGGCUGCUUCGGAGGAGUGUAGGCUCUUUCCACCGGAUAGUCGAAGAGACGAUGUACCUGACAAUGUUACUCGUUCAUCAUAGCUCCGCCACUGCUGCUGUUGGAGAUAAUUAGGGAUUUCUCAAGGAUAAUUUUCUAUGUUAGAGGUAUUUGAUAAUUAUCUCGAUCCUAUGUUAUCUCUUUCAAGAUCGCACGUACACCUCCCUUUGAUUGUGCAUAUUUUGAUCGAUAUAUGUUUCCUUAGCCUAUAAAUAAACCGAUAUACUCUUCGUUACGA